AUGGGCAUGCCCGGCGACGACUCGCGCUGCCGGAAGCACCCGCCCGUGCCCUGCGGCGGCGUGUGCCCGCACUGCCUCUGCGACCGCCUCCUCCGCCUCUGCCCCGACUGCGCGCGCACGCGCCCCUGCGCCUGCGCCUCCCCCUCCUCCCCGUCCUCCUCAGCGUCCUCCGCCUCCGUCGGCCGGGUCUGCAGCCUCAUCGAGCGGGAGCGCCGGAUCGGGCGCUCGCGGUCCGUGGCCGGCGGCAUCGGCGCCGACGAGAGGCGCCGGUCCAGGGUCUGGGGCUGGGCCUCGUUCCGGAAGCCUGCGGUCGGCAAGGGAAUGGAGUUGGAGAGCGAGGAGGAGCGCCACGCCGCCGAGGACGCGGCGGCAUUGGAGCGGUCGAGCUCCGCCUCCGCGGAGAAGUUGGCGCCCAAAACGGGAGGGUGGGGGCGGUUCCUCCCCGGCCCGAUCAAGGCGCUGCGCCACCGCAAGUCGCGCGCUUCCGCCGGCGCCAGCGCCCGAGGCGAUCGCCGGGAGGGCGUGAGGUGA